CCCCUUCCCCCUGAAGUGGGUGUGUGUGUGUGAGUGUGUGUGUGUGUGUGUGUGUGAGUGUGUGAGUGUGUAUAUAUGUGUAUGGGUGUGUGUAUGUGUGUGUAUAAGUAAGUUAGAGAGAGAAAAUUAGUCGGCACAACAGCACUUUUAUUCAUUCAGUAAAAAGUGUCCAGAGAAGCAGCGCGUGAAAACUUUCCCGGCAUUUCCGCUUGUCCUGCAGAUACCCGACAGAGCAGCUCUACAACUAGAGGAUUAUAUCUUCCAUUAACUUCAUAUUAAAGCACGAUGGUUCAGAUUAGGAAAAUAUGCUGCAUAGGCGCUGGAUAUGUCGGGGGGCCGACGUGCAGCGUCAUCGCCAGCAUGUGUCCCGAGGUUACGGUGACGGUGGUCGACGUGAACGAGAGCCGAAUCAAAGCCUGGAACUCGGACACUCUUCCCAUUUAUGAGCCUGGCCUGAAUGAGGUUGUGUUGUCAUGCCGUGGCAAGAACCUUUUUUUCUCCACUGACAUCGACUCGGCCAUCAAGGAUGCAGACUUGGUCUUCAUUUCGGUAAACACACCCACUAAGACGUAUGGGAUGGGAAAGGGGCGAGCGGCUGAUUUGAAGUUCAUCGAGGCGUGCGCACGGCGGAUUGUGGAGGUCUCUGACGGUUAUAAGAUCGUGACGGAGAAAAGCACGGUGCCCGUGCGAGCUGCCGAGAGCAUCCGCAGGAUCUUCGACGCCAACACCAAACCCAGCCUUAACCUACAGGUGCUUUCCAACCCAGAGUUUCUUGCUGAAGGGACGGCUGUGAGGGACCUCAAGGAGCCGGACCGCGUUUUGAUUGGCGGAGAUGAAACUCCCGAAGGUCAAAAGGCAAUCAGGGCACUAUGCGAAGUGUAUGAGCACUGGGUGCCUAAGUCACGCAUCAUCACCACCAACACAUGGUCAUCUGAGCUGUCCAAAUUAGCGGCGAAUGCAUUCCUAGCUCAGCGUAUCAGCAGUAUAAACUCCAUCUCAGCUCUGUGUGAGUCCACCGGCGCUGACGUUGAGGAGGUGGCCAGAGCCAUCGGCAUGGACCAGCGCAUCGGCAGCAAGUUCCUCAAGGCCAGCGUGGGCUUUGGAGGAAGCUGUUUCCAGAAGGAUGUGCUGAAUUUGGUGUAUCUGUGUGAGGCACUGAAUCUACCUGAAGUGGCCUCCUACUGGCAGCAGGUGAUUGAUAUGAACGAGUACCAGAGGAAACGGUUUGCGUGCAGAAUCAUCGACUGUCUCUUCAACACUGUAACAGGAAAGAAAAUUGCCUUGCUAGGCUUCUCAUUCAAGAAAGACACCGGGGACACCAGAGAGUCAUCCAGUAUCUAUAUUUCUAAAUAUCUGAUGGAUGAAGGAGCCAAGCUGCACAUCUUUGACCCUAAAGUGGCAGAACAACAGAUCAUACAGGACCUGUCCCAGCCCAGCAUCUCAGGAGACAAUCCUAAGAGAGUAUCCGAGCUGGUUACUGUGUCGUCAGAUCCAUACGAAGCCUGUAAAAGUGCACAUGCACUAGUGAUCUGCACCGAAUGGGACAUGUUUAAGGAUCUGGAUUACGCACAGAUUUAUCACCAGAUGUUGAAACCAGCGUUCAUAUUCGAUGGUCGCAGAGUCCUUGAUCAUUUACACCCCCAACUACAGAACCUCGGUUUCCAGAUCGAGACAAUUGGAAAGAAGGUGAUGACCAGGCUCCCCUUCACCCCCCCCACGGGCGCCGUCCCCAGAAUCACCCUCAACGAGCCACCGAAUAAGAAAUCCAAAGUCUGACGUGUACGCGCACGUGUGCACACACGACCCUGUGUCUACAGAGCCGAAUCCUCACCCACUCAGAUUGGAUUUCCCGAAGGUCUUUUUAAAAAAAAAAAAAAAAAAAAAAAAAACGACGUCCCUGUCUAUAUAUUCCUAUAUUCCUCUACAGCACACUGUAUUUGGAUCAUUUGGUUGUUGGAGAUCGUUGUGCUGCUGCAGUGCACAGAUAGAAGAAUUAUACAGGGUUUUUUUUUUAUCAUCAUGAGAACGUUUCCUUUUUCAGUAUUAAUUCCGAGCAUUACGCGGCGUCCGAGUCGUAAUCCGAGUGUUUCAGCAGCACCGUCAACCAGAUUUUAUACAUGGUGUGUGUGUGUGUCUCAAAUAAGAUGGGAGAUUACGGUUUAUCGUCAUGUAAUCGUGUCGUAUCGUAUUUCGCAAAAUAAAAUGAAUGAUCAGA